GCGCAUGCGCAGCGGAGCCUGUCAUGGCGGCUGCAGGAUGGCCAGUUUGCGCACAGAGUUUAAAAGGCGUCAUUUUGGACAUGUGCGGGGUUUUGUACGACAGCGGAGACGGGGACGGAGUGGCCAUCCCCGGGUCCAUAGAAGCGGUGCAAAGGUUGAAACGGUCUGAUCUGCAGCUUCGUUUCUGCACCAAUGAGACCCAGGCGUCCAGAGACAGAUUUGUGGCUAAACUCCAGAGACUCGGGUUCGACAUCUCUGUGAAGGAAGUGUUCUCCCCCGCACCGGCCGCCGUGUCUGUGCUGAAGGAGCGAGGACUGCGGCCUCACCUGCUGGUCUACGACGGUCUUUUACCGGAGUUUGAGGGGCUGGACCAGACGAACCCAAACUGUGUCGUGAUCGGAGACGCGGCGGAGAAAUUCUCGUACGAAAACCUGAAUGAUGCGUUCAGGGUCCUGAUCGGGCUGGACAAACCGCUGCUCUUCUCUCUGGGGCAGGGGAGAUAUUACAAAGAGACCGACGGCCUUAAACUCGAUGUGGGCGUUUAUAUGAAAGCACUGGAGUACGCCUGCGAUGUGAAAGCUCAAGUCAUCGGAAAACCCUCUCCCACGUUCUUCCAAAGCGUACUCAACGAUAUGGGAAUACAGCCACAUGAGGCGUUGAUGAUCGGGGACGACCUGGUGAACGACGUUGGAGGAGCUCAGAGCUGUGGCAUGAUGGGAGUCCAGGUCCGAACUGGAAAAUACAGAGCCAGUGAUGAGAGACACUCGUCUGUCAGAGCCGACGGGACGGAGGACAAUCUGAGCCGAGCUGUGGACCUGCUCCUCCACCACAGGGGGCAGUAAAGAGACAAACUGAU